CGCGUAUUUUAAGUGUUCUGUUGGGGAAAGUAUAGCUUGAUAAUUAACAUAUUUAAAAAAGAUGUCUAACAAAUCAAGUGCUCAGCCAAUUGUUAGUCUGGUUCAAAAGAUUAAUCUUUACAAAACUAAAGCUAGAUUUUAUCUUGUUGGAAGCAACAAUACAGAGAAUAAAUUUCGUGUAUUAAAAAUUGAUCGAACUGAUUCAAAAGAACUAAAUGUUGUGGAUGAUAAGAUUGAAUACAACAAGAAAGAAAUACAAGAUAUGAUUAACAUGAUUAAGUAUGGAAAUAGGCAUAAACAAGGACAAAAAUUUGUUUCUGAUUUGAAAGGAACUAUAUCUUCUUUUGGAAUAGUUGGUUUUGUAAGAUUUUUGGAAGGUUAUUACUUAAUUUUGAUAACAAAAAGAAAAAGAGUUGCCUAUAUUGGUCAUCAUACAAUUUACAAGAUUCAAGAUACAUGUAUGGUAUAUAUUCCAAAUGAUGGUGAAAAGAACAUGCAUCCACAGGAGUCUAAGUAUGUGAAAUUAUUUCAAAGUAUGGAUCUUUCGAGUGAUUUUUACUUCAGUUAUAGCUAUGAUUUGACUCAUACCCUACAAUACAACAUGGCUGUCAUAAAAGAGCUGUCUUUCUUCAAUGUCCCUCAAGAUAUUGAUCAGUCCAAAACUAUGCCUUUCUGGAGUCCACAACUAAAAUCAAUUGAUGGAGCAUCUGAUGAAAUUGCAGAAAACUUUCUUGAGAGCUUAAGGCAUUCUGUUGAUAAUGAAACAAUUUUGAAAUCAAGGUCAAGUACUGGUUCAACUCAAUUUGAUAAUUCUUCUGAAAGUGAUGCUGCUGUAUGGUCUGAAUUGAGAUCAAAUGAAGACUUAUCCUCAUUGCCUAAAGAACAUGGUCAAGUCACAUACGGUGUGAAAGUAAAACCUCAUUGGAGAUUUGUGUGGAAUUCAUAUUUGUUGGAACUUGUUGAUUUACAUCCUGAUUGGCUUCUUUAUAUUACUCAUGGCUUUGUUGGACAAUCUAAUCUGAAUAUUUAUGGACAUCCCGUUUAUUUAACGCUUAUAGCUAGGCGUUCUCAAAAAUAUGCUGGUACAAGAUUUUUGAAAAGAGGAACAAAUGAUAAAGGUGAUGUGGCAAAUGAAGUAGAAACUGAGCAGAUUGUGUUUGAUUCCACCGUAUCCUCUUUCACAAUGGGGAGAUUCACAUCAUUUGUACAGAUGAGAGGGUCUAUUCCUUCGCAGUGGUCUCAAGAUAUUUCGAAGAUGGUUCCAAAACCCCCUAUUAUGUUGGAUGUUGCUGAUCCAUUUUGCUAUGUUGCUGGUCAACAUUUUAAUGGUCUUUUGCGCCGUUAUGGUUCACCUAUUUUAGUCUUGAAUCUUGUCAAGAAAAGGGAACAGAAGCGUCAUGAAAGUAUCUUAAGCGAAGAAUUUUGCACUGCUAUCAAUUAUUUGAAUCAAUUUUUACCUCCAUAUCAUCAGAUUAUUCAUAUUGGUUUUGACAUGGCUCAUACAAAUAAAUUAAAAGAAGUUAGUGUGAUGUCACGACUUGCUCAAAUAGCAUAUUAUGUCAUCAGCAAAACUGGACUGUUUCAUAAUCAACCAGAGUUUUACUGUCAAAAAAUUCAUCCCCAUAUUAACAAGAAAUUUAUGAUUGGUGGCCAGAAAAAAGAUGACACUAGACGCCUCCAAACUGGUAUUGUACGAGUGAAUUGUGUAGAUUGCUUAGACCGGACAAAUACUGCUCAGUUUGCUUUGGGAAAAGCUGCACUAGCAUUUCAGCUAUAUUUCCUUGGUGUCUUGGAGCAUCCGAAACUUGAGUUUGAUACUGAUUGUGUUCGCAUGCUAGAAGAGUUGUAUGAAGAUCAUGGAGACACAUUAGCACUGCAGUAUGGUGGCUCUCAACUAGUCCAUCGUGUAAAAACAUAUAGGAAAAUCGCUCCCCUUUCCUCUCACUCUCGUGACAUUUUACAGACACUAUCAAGAUAUUAUAGUAAUACAUUUUCAGAUGCAGAUAAACAGAAUGCCAUAAACUUAUUUUUGGGUGUCUAUAAACCUAGUAGAACUAUCACACCAUUGUGGGAUCUUAUGACUGACUUUUAUUUGCAUAACUCAUUGGCUAUUGGUGAACGGAUAUGUCACAGGAAUUUGUACACUUGCUGGUGGGAUGAAGCAGUUAUGGAUUGCUUGCCAUUUGCAAUUGUAGAAGAGAAAAAGGAAUUAGAAAAUUCCCUUGCGGAAAUAGUAAAGACACAUCCUUCUGAUCCACGAACUGAUGGUUUUUUCGACCAUUAUCAGCCAUAUGAAAUGACUUGCAUUGGAGACCUCUUUUCAUUCAAAAUGAACCAUUCUGUAAGGGACGUCAUGCCAAAUUUUACUUCAGACUACAGUCCUUUUUCAGUUCGGGUGAGGCCUGGCAGGAAGCGUGAAAGUAUUGGGGAAAAGCCACCAAAUCCUUCUGUGACUGGAAUUUCAUCAACAACUUCGUUGUCAAGUGGCACAAGUGAGACAGAUAGUGGAGAUUCUAGUAGUGAGGACAAUUUUGUGUUUCUGGAGAGUGAAGAAUCUAGUUACUCUUUGAGUUCUACUCGAGGAUUGCGAUUUGAGAAUGUAUUUAGUACAAUGAAGCAGAUUUAUGGAACUGAGCUUCAAAAUCCCAGUGAUCAAGACAUGAAACUAUAUAAAAGGUAUGUCAAUAUUGGAAAAUGUGCUGGAAUAGAACAUUCUAACUUAGAAAGUAGAUCUUUGAGCUCAUCCUUUAGAUUAGUACAGAAAAGUAAUUUUACAAAUGAUUCCACCAAGAGCACCAUAGUUCCUAAAGUCAGCAAAGAAGCAAUCGAUAUCUAUAAUGCUUAUGUGAAAAAAAGUACUCAUGGCCCAUCAGAGCCAUCUGCCAAAUCAUUAGAAAUAUAUCAAGCAUAUUAUAUUAGUAAACAUCAAUAG